AUUGUAAUUGUAUUGAUAUUGGAAAUUCUUUUCAUAAUUUUUCCCUUGUACCGAGUAAAACCGUACUGGUCACACACUGGAUGAGAAGACAAGGCACAGGGAUCACGCACAGGACGAAUCGAUGCGAAGGAGGGUCGUUCCGACUGCACAGCUCCUCCUUGUAUCUCCAAUGGCGAGUCUUCUGCGCGUGGUAGCCAGCAGCUGUUCCAGCCCCCUGUUCUCCGGAGUGGCCUGUGCUAAGCUACCGAGUGUCCGGACAGUGAAGACACCAUGCGUGCGAUUCUUUAGGACCCAUCAAGCCCUCACUCGCCUCGCUAGUCCAGGUAUUCCAUACAAACAGCUGACUGUUGGUGUUCCGAAGGAAAUUUUUCAGAAUGAGCGUCGAGUGGCCCUCUCUCCAGCUGGAGUGGAAGCUCUCAUCAAGCAGGGUUUCAAUGUGGUGGUGGAGUCAGGUGCUGGUGAAUCUGCUAAGUUCUCUGACGAAAUGUAUACAAAGGCUGGGGCCACCAUUAAGGAUGUUAAAGAUGUUUUUGCAUCUGAUGUUCUGCUUAAGGUGCGUGCCCCCAUGUUGAGCUGUGCUUUAGGUGUUCAUGAGGCCGACCUUAUGAAAGAUGGAGCCUCCCUUGUCAGCUUCAUCUAUCCCGCUCAGAACCCUGAGCUGAUGGACCUCUUGUCCCAGCGCAAAGCCACCGUCCUAGCCAUGGACCAGGUGCCCCGUGUUACUAUCGCCCAGGGUUAUGAUGCCCUCAGCUCCAUGGCCAACAUUGCCGGCUACAAAGCCGUGGUUUUGGCAGCAAACAACUUUGGCCGCUUCUUUACCGGUCAGAUCACAGCCGCGGGGAAGGUUCCCCCUGCUAAGGUGUUGAUCAUUGGAGGUGGAGUGGCUGGGUUGGCUGCUGCUGGCACUGCCCGUGCUAUGGGUGCCAUAGUCAGGGGGUUUGACACCAGAGCGGCUGCAUUGGAGCAGUUUAAGUCGCUGGGUGCCGAACCCUUGGAGGUGGAUAUUAAGGAGUCAGGGGAAGGCCAGGGCGGCUACGCUAAGGAGAUGUCCAAGGAGUUUAUCGAUGCAGAGAUGAAGCUGUUUGCCAAGCAGUGUUUGGAUGUUGACAUCCUUAUCAGUACUGCGCUUAUUCCCGGUCGGAAGGCCCCUGUGCUGAUUACUAAGGAAAUGGUUGAAACCAUGAAAGACGGUUCAGUGGUGGUGGACCUUGCAGCAGAGGCUGGGGGUAACAUCGAGACCACGGUUCCUGGAGAACUGUCAGUUCACAAAGGUGUGAUCCACGUCGGCUACACUGAUCUCCCUAGUCGCCUCCCAACUCAGGCCAGCACAUUGUACUCCAACAACAUCAUCAAACUUAUUCGUGCCAUCAGCCCAGACAAGGACAUUUUUUACUUUGACGUCAAAAAUGAGUUUGACUAUGGCACCAUGGACCACGUCAUUCGAGGUUCAGUAGUUAUGCAGGAUGGAAAAAUACUUUUCCCUGCACCACAGCCUAAAAACGUCCCAGUGGCUGCACCUCCGAAACAAAAGAGUGUCCUUGAGCUGGAGAAAGAAAAGGCUGCCACUGUCUCGCCCUUCAGAGCCACCCUAAACACUGCUGGGCUUUACACCGGAGGUCUGGCUUCAAUGAUUGGUCUUGGGCUUUGUGCUCCUAAUGCUGCUUUCACUCAGAUGGUUACAACCUUUGGCCUGGCAGGAAUUGUAGGAUACCACACCGUAUGGGGUGUUACUCCUGCUCUUCACUCGCCACUUAUGUCAGUUACAAAUGCCAUUUCAGGCUUGACAGCUGUUGGUGGCCUCUCCCUCAUGGGUGGUGGAUACCUCCCCAGCAACACGGCUGAGACCCUGGCUGUCCUGGCUGCUUUCAUCUCUUCUGUCAACAUUGCUGGUGGUUUCUUGGUCACUCAGAGGAUGUUGGACAUGUUCAAGCGGCCCACUGAUCCUCCAGAGUACAACUACUUGUAUCUUCUUCCUGCUGGUCUGUUUGUUGGUGGCUAUGGGGUGGCUCUUCAAACUGGCUACAACAUUGAGCAGAUGAUGUACUUGGGCUCUGGGUUGUGCUGCGUGGGGGCUCUGGGUGGUCUGUCCACCCAGUCCACAGCCCGUCUUGGUAACGCCCUGGGCAUGAUCGGAGUGGCCGGUGGCAUUGCCGCCACUUUUGGCGUGUUGAAACCUUCUCCUGAGCUUAUGGCACAGAUGAGUGCAGCCAUGGCUGUGGGUGGCAGUGCCGGUUUGGCCAUUGCCAAGAAGAUCCAGAUCUCAGAUCUGCCACAGCUCGUAGCCGCUUUCCACAGUCUGGUGGGUCUGGCGGCUGUGCUCACCUGCGUGGCAGAGUACAUGGUGGAGUACCCCCACUUUGCAACCGAUCCUGCAGCCAACCUCACCAAGAUCGUGGCCUACCUUGGGACCUACAUUGGUGGAGUCACCUUUAGUGGCUCUCUGGUGGCUUACGGCAAACUUCAAGGUCUCCUGAACUCUGCUCCCCUUAUGCUUCCUGGUCGUCAUGCUCUGAAUGCCACCCUCAUGGCAGCUAGUGUGGGUGGAAUGAUUCCCUACAUGCUUGAUCCCAGCUAUACCACUGGCAUGACCUGCCUGGGCUCUGUGUCAGCACUGUCUGCAGUCAUGGGCCUGACCCUAACAGCAGCCAUUGGAGGGGCCGACAUGCCCGUGGUUAUCACGGUGCUAAACAGCUAUUCCGGUUGGGCCCUGUGCGCUGAAGGCUUUCUUCUCAAUAACAACCUGCUAACCAUAGUGGGGGCCCUCAUCGGUUCUUCUGGAGCCAUCCUCUCCUACAUCAUGUGUGUGGCCAUGAACCGUUCCCUGGUAAACGUAAUUCUGGGUGGCUACGGUACCUCAUCAACUGGCACAGGCAAGCCCAUGGAGAUCACAGGUACCCACACGGAGGUUAAUGUGGAACAGACGGUAGAGAUGAUCAAGGAGGCUCAGGAUAUCAUCAUCGUUCCAGGGUAUGGUCUGUGUGCAGCUAAAGCUCAGUAUCCCAUUGCUGAUCUGGUCAAGACACUGACUGAGCAGGGCAAGAAAGUCAGGUUUGGAAUCCACCCAGUGGCUGGCCGUAUGCCUGGCCAACUUAAUGUACUGUUGGCCGAAGCUGGUGUGCCGUACGAUGUUGUUCUGGAGAUGGAUGAAAUCAAUGAUGACUUCCCUGAAACUGACCUGGUUUUGGUAAUUGGAGCAAAUGACACCGUGAACUCUGCGGCUCAGGAGGACCCCAACUCUAUUAUUGCUGGCAUGCCCGUUUUGGAGGUCUGGAAGUCCAAGCAGGUUAUAGUGAUGAAGAGAUCUCUGGGAGUUGGCUACGCAGCUGUGGACAACCCAAUCUUCUACAAACCAAACACAUCCAUGCUUUUGGGAGAUGCCAAGAAGACUUGUGAUGCUCUGUCUGCCAAGGUCCGCGAGGGAUAGAGAGGAAAGGAGACUUGACCUUGCUUUGCACCAGAUGAAUCACUGAGAAGAGAAGAUCACUCCCAAUGAACAAACCCAGUAAACUUUUAGACAAGAAUUAGCAUUAACGGGAUCAAGCCCCUAAUAAAGCACUCUAUGCAUUCUAUUUAGAUGUAGGUGAUUUAUUAUCAGUAUUUCUACUAUUAUUUUGUUUUUUGUUGCCCCGUUUAAAUCAAGCUAAUAGGAAAAAAGCAUUACAGUAUCACAUUAAUAGUUAAAGCUAACAAGUCACCAUAUGGGUUUGUAUGUAUUAUAGGUACAUUUUUAUAUAGCAUAGCAAUCGCAAUCUGUUUUUAAAUCUUGGAUUUUUGUAGGUUCCUGAGUUUUGAAUUUGUCUUGUUUGUUUGAAAGCCAUAGACCACUCCAAACUGUAUGCUGUUUUCCAUUUCACUUGCAUAGAUUUAUAUUUGUAAACUUACCAUGUGCAUUAUUGACCAGACGUUGGUUAUGUGGUAUUGUUCCAAGUAUUAUGAGCUUUUGUAAGAAGGAAUUGAUUUUCAAAUGCAGCUUCAGGUGGCCAUUUUCCAACAAUGCAAAUCUUCUCUUAAAAUUGCAAAGCUUUGAAGGAUCGUUGUUGAUAUGAAGAAAAACCCCACUGAAUUUCACAUACGAUUUAUGUAUAGAAGAAUCAGAAACACUGUGGCUCCCCCAUAAGAUAAUUUGUAUUCCCAAGCCACAAUUUAAAUGAAUGUCAACACAGCAGUGAGGUUAGUAUGAGUAGUAACUGCAUGUCUGCCCUACUGUGCUCCUAGAUUUGUUCCCAGCACUAAUCCUCUGCAGUAUUUGACAGGGAUUAGAACAGAUGUAUUGUAUGUUACCUACUGGGACCUAAGGGUAUGCAUCCUAUGAGAUAUAGAAACCAUAACACAGACCAUUACAACAACCCUACCUCUCCACAGUUCAACUUGACCAAAACAAUCCCUCUUACUCUCCUGCAUGGUCACUAUUCCAGUCUUACACUCUUCUGCCUAGGCUCGCCUCGAGCUUUGGCUGCAUUGGGCACAUGUUCUUUGACGUAGAUCUCGUGGAUGUAGGAAUUCUGACAGUUUACAUACGUAUCUCUAUGGCACAGUGUCCUUCGCUCAAAUAAGCUGCAAUGUAGAUGCUGAAUUUGCAAUUUAGACAAAGAAAAUUUAAGUAAGGGAAUUUACUUGUUGCAAGGGAAUGGAAAUAUUUGUCAAACAUUGUCUGGAUGUUUUGCAUUUCCUCUCACUCCUUUAGGCUAUUUUUGUAUAGAUGGGUUCAUGUGUAGAAACGAUGCUUUGACAAUUCUGCUUUGCUGCAAUACAAAGGAGGGAAGAGUGUGAGUCUUCAUUUCAUUAUGCCAUGGUAAGAAAAUAAUUGAAUUAAUGUCAUACUGUGAAAUGUUUGUCUGUCUCUGAUGUAUCACAUAACAUCCCUUUUAAUAAACGUCCUGAUAAGAAAACAGGUGGCACGAAAGAUCAGUAAUUUCUCAGUAUUGCAUGCCUUCAACAUUGCGGGCACCACAAUGCCUAGAUUGGCUGCUGAAGAAGUGUCUUAUCUUUUAUGACCACUCUGUUUAGGGAACAUCUGUGCACAAGUGA